UCCCAGUACCGCCUCUCGGGGGCGGCAGCGGCAGAAGUGCUAUGGCCGACAACGACGGCAGCGGCGGCGGCUCUGACCAAGCGCCGAGUCCGCGGGGCUCCCCGGACUCGGCGCCGCAGGUCCCAAGCGCGGUCGGGCCGGGCAGCGGCGGCGGCGGCUGCGGGGAGACCCCGCGGACGGCGGCGCUGGCGCUGCGCUUCGACAAGCCCAUCAAGCAGGCCUUCUACAACACCGGGGCCGUGCUGUUCGUGUGCCUGUGCUGCGCCGCCGCCGUGCUCGUCUACUUCAUCCUGGAGGCCUUCCUGCGGCCGCUGCUCUGGGCCGUGCUGUGCGGCACCUUCCUGCACCCCUUCAAGAGCUCGCUCACGCGCCUGGGCCGCCACUGGCUGCAGCGCCUGCACCGCGCGCACACGCCCAUCGUGCUGGCCGCGCUCCUGCUGCCGCUCUGCUUCGCCGACUACGGCGUCGAGGCCCUGGGCGAGCAGGCGCUGCGCCGCCGCCGCUUGCUGCUGCUGCUCGGCGCCGGCGGCCCGCUGCUCUACGGCCUCUACAGCCUGGGCAGCUACCUGGGCGUGCAGGUGCUGCUGGCCUACGCCGGCGCGCUCAUCUGCCGCGGGCUGGACUACUUCAGCAGUCUGUGGAUCUGGACGUUGGUAGUUGGCUAUGUGUUGGCUGUUUCAUUCAAGUGGAAUGCAAGCACUGAACGCUACUUGAGAGCAGUUUCAAUUCCUGUCUGGAUUAUAUUGCUUUUUCAUUUAGCAUCCCUGGCUGGCUCAUGGAGAAUUCCAGUAUUCCUGGUUAUUGUUUUCCUGAUGUCUGUGGGCACCCUCUAUGAAAAACAGAAUGGAAAAGAGUCUUCUGGGGCAGAGUUACCAGGGCAGGUUAUCUCCAUGGCAGCUUCUACUCUAGCGACCUUGGCCAUCUCUAUCACAGGGUAUGAAUCGGGCACUGAAGACCAGCCCUCAGCCCAGCCUGCAGAAACCAUGGACAGAGGAGAACCCCCUCCAACCCUGUCCUCCUCUUCCUCACCCUCCUCCCCGUCACCCACCCUGGGCAGACAAAGGCCUGAAAUGGGAACGUUUCUUAGAAAGAAGAAAACGAGCGACAUCUACUUUGUGUCUCUUGUUUGGGCCAUCAUUGGAGUCCAGAUCUGGUUGAACCUGUGGAUUGUGCAGCUGCUGCCGGUGCCCAUUGCAGUCUGGAUACUCAAAAAGCUCAUCGUUCACUUUGGAGUCGUGAACUUCCUGGAGAAGCGCUGCUCCGCGUGGUGGCGGGUGGUGGAGCGCUUCCUGAAGGAGCGGCAGGAAGCUCUAGCUCCAUGGCCGAUUAUCGGGCUUGGAAAAUUCUUGUUAAAAGUCGAUAGUAAGCUCUGGCACUGGCUAAAUAAGAAGAUGAUCAUCUGGUUGGAGAAGAUGUUAGACAAAAUAAUUAGCAUUUUCAUCAUAUUUCUGUUAGUGAUAGGAACCCUUCUUUUAGCCCUACUCCUGACUGCAAAGGUGCAUCAAGAGAGUGUACACAUGAUUGAAGUCACAAGCAAUUUGAUUAAUGAGACUCUAGCAAAUCACCCUGAGUGGGCAAAUUGGCUUCCUGAGGCUCAGGUAGUCCAAAGAGCCCUCAAUUCUGCGGCUAACAACGUGUAUCAGUAUGGACGAGAAUGGAUAACCCACAAGCUUCAUAAAAUUCUGGGAGAUAAGGUGAACAAUACUGCUGUAAUUGAAAAGCAAGUACUGGAACUUUGGGACAGACUGUAUCAUUCUUGGUUUGUAAAGAACGUAACGCAUUCUGGAAGGCACAAAGGACACAAGAUGCAUAUAAAUCGUCAGAACAGCUGGCUCGGAGACAUUCUGGACUGGCAGGAUAUCGCCUCCUUUGUUCAUGAGAACAUCGAGACAUUUCUUUCGAUCUUAGAGUCUCUGUGGAUUGUUAUGAGCCGGAAUGUCAGCCUGCUUUUCACUACUGUCACUACGCUCCUGACCAUCCUCUUCUACAGCGGGACUGCCCUUCUCAAUUUUGUGCUGUCUCUGAUAAUUUUCCUGACCACACUAUUUUAUCUGUUAAGUUCCAGUGAUGAGUACUACAAGCCAGUGAAGUGGGUGAUAAGCCUGACACCACUGUCUCAGCCAGGUCCUUCUUCUAAUAUUAUUGGCCAGUCUGUGGAAGAAGCUAUCAGAGGGGUGUUUGAUGCUUCCCUCAAAAUGGCUGGUUUCUACGGACUGUACACCUGGCUGACUCACACUAUAUUUGGCAUCAAUAUUGUCUUCAUACCCUCAGCUUUAGCAGCAAUCCUCGGGGCAGUGCCGUUUCUGGGAACGUACUGGGCAGCGAUACCUGCAGUGCUAGACCUGUGGCUUACACAGGGCUUAGGAUGCAAAGCCAUCCUACUGUUGGUUUUUCAUCUCUUGCCAACCUACUUUGUAGAUACUGCUAUCUACUCUGAUAUCUCAGGAGGUGGCCAUCCUUACUUGACGGGCUUGGCAGUGGCUGGCGGGGCAUACUACCUAGGCCUGGAGGGAGCGAUCAUCGGGCCCAUCCUUCUCUGCAUCCUUGUGGUGGCUUCCAAUAUCUACAGUGCCAUGCUAGUGAGUCCCACGAACUCAGUGCCCACGCCACACCAGACCCCGUGGCCUGCUCAGACCCAGCGGACUUUCCGUGACAUUUCUGAAGAUCUGAAAUCUUCGGUAGACUGACAUGGCUUCCACUGCAGUGGUUUCUCUAGGAAGUUCAACCUUGACCAUGAAUACAGCUCAGCUGUGGCCUUCUGUCCUUUCAGCUGUGCCUGGCAAGCAGAGCCCAGGAAGAGCAGCAGCAGCAGCCUCCUGGCCUUCCAUACAGAAUGCCUGGACACGAGAGAGCUUGCUGUGGGCUGCUUUGCAUUUUAAAGCACCGCUUUAGAGCUCAGAAAUGUGGUUUGUUCACUGAACUGUUGCUAAGAUGGCUUGAAAAGUUUCAGUUUAUACACUGGUACCAUGGCUUGAAAUUUUCCCACUUUGGUUAUCUAUAUUAUUAUAUUGUGUAUUUAUAAAGUUAUUUUAAGAGCCUAAACUACCUGCUGUUAAAAUUGUAUAGAUGUCAUUUUCUCCUGCUUUAAGAAAUCUAUUUUUAAAGUUUUCUAUGAUGGUCGCUUUUCGAUGAAGAGGGCUUUCACUUUUGAGUAUAUAGUUGCUUGAGCAGGAAAAAUGAGUCUUGUCCCCUUCUCACACAGUGUAUGGUCCUCCCUGUAAGAAAGAGCAGAUCUUAAGUGUAAGGGCGGGGUGGCUUAUGUGAAGUUGUUAGUUGUAUGUAGCAACCAUGGGACACACAGAAAGACUGACUCUCUUCCUCCCCUUUCUUCUCCCUCCAUCCCCCAUUACACUAUUGCCAAAUUUCUAAAACUUGACCCACCACAUUGAAGUUAACUACUUAUUAAGCUGCUAUUAAUGGUAACAGUAUGAUAGAAUUCAUGUUGUGAUGUUUUUCUUUCCAAAUGUUUUAAUUGAAAAAAACCUCAGGUGCAGCAAUACUCUGAUCUGUUAAAUGUGUCCCUGUUUCAUUAUUUGGAAUUCUUCCGAUUAGUACUUAUUAGCAGUAGAAUUUUAUAUUCAUGUGGUAUUUUUCCAUCACUUAGCACAGUGCCUUGCACAUAACACUCUAGACAAAUGGUUGUUGAGUUCAGUUGUGACUUUUUAAAUAUCUCAGAUGUCACAGUAACCAGCAUAGUGCUUCACAUUUUACAGAGUCUUUUUGCACAUAUCAUUUCACAGCCACUUCCCAUCAGCUUUCAUAUAGCUUUGUAUUAUUUUCCAACAGUUUCACACAGAUGGGGAAGCUAGGGUUCAGAAAAGUGACCAACUCAAAGACAAAGUUUAGUGAGAUUUGACUUCAAAUCUUUCUGACUCCAUAGUGUGCAAACUCUGCUAUACUGUAGUGCUCCUUCCAGUAUUUUAUGCAGUUUUUCCAGUGCUAUGAGACAGAAUAGGACACCUCGAACCCAGCUCUUAGUUCUGUGCCCUCUCCACUGUACAAAAUGAUCAUCAGGCUCUUUCUCUGCCCCCAAGGGAAUAUGGAGGAGAAAGCGUUCUUAAGUAUCAAAGAUUUCCCUUUUGGAAAACAUCUAAAAGUAUAAAUCAUCUUUUCUAAAGCAUCUUCUCACCAAGAAGCAUAGUUAAUGAUAAUUACCUUAAAUUUAUUCUGAUAUUACACAUAAGAAAAACUCCAUCUAGAAAAGAGGCUGCCAUGACGUCUUCGUUUGUACAGUAGACUACAUGCAGAGCUCUUAUUUUUACUAUGAGUCCUUCAAAAAUUAUAGCCUGAUAUUCCACCAAGUGUUACAUUUGGCCACUAAGGAACUCAUUCUCUUCUUUAGUCCGUUGUUCUAUCAUUCAUUCAGUAAAACAUUUGUUGAGACUUUGCCAAACUCUAGGUUCCAUGCCAGGCACUGUCCAGGGUGCUGUAGGGGAUAACUCAGAAGAAGGUCUUCUCUCACCUUAAAUCUUAGCCAGAUAAUGUGUAUUGCUAAAAUUAAAAAUUUUGCAUUAAAAGACUUAAGAAAGAAAGCAGGUUUGUUUUUGGUAAUGGUAUACUGGUAAGUUUAUAGAUGUAAUUAGCACAUAUUUAUAAGAGGCAAACAUUAUACACAAUGACUUAGUGUGCAUAUACAAAUUUUGUUCCUCCAAAGUGCUUUUAGCUGUAUAAAGUGAUGUUGCAAAACACUAGACUUGAGCUAAUGUAUGGCUGUUGCUGGUCAUAAUUACUAGUAUGAAUACCAGGUUCUUAGAGGGGAAGUCUGAGCUCUAAGAGAGUAGUUUAGAGCUGCCAAAAGUAGCACUGGGGCAAUAGCACAGGAGCAGAGGUGCCCCAGAGUGCCAGACAGUCCUCACCAGGACCCUUGAACCUCCCCAGUCCUUCAGCAGCAGCAUAAGGACUUGAAAGUCAUCUAGCUGGGGGUGGUCUUCCUGGAACCCUCAAAGAUGGAGAGAAACAUGCCCGUCAGAUAUAGUGAGGAGGUUUUACAGGAUUGUCACAGGGCAUAGAGAUCAAAUGGUAUGAAAAGGUAGGAAGCUCAAGCUCAUGUCUCACAGAUGACUUACCCUCAGAUUCUCAGGAUUUGACCAGGAGUUUCUCUAGGAACAGACAGUGCAUUGGUGAAGUAGAAGGAGCCUCAGUAAAAACCACGUGCGGAAUCCUCUCACUGUCUGGCAUGGUAUGGCUUUGUUAGAGAUUAGUUUGGAGUGCACAUUCACUAUUCAGCUGUAAACUAAUGGGGGAAUGGGAGAAGGAGAUGCAAGCUCUCCACACAGUGUGCUCCGCUCUUUUCUGAGAGAACAAGGUUUGGGAUUUUCAGCAUCGACUCCAUGUGACCCAAGUCCUGCUUCAGUUCCAAAGUUCCUGUCACACUCUGUUCCUGGAAGUGCUCUCUGUCAGACUGCCUUAGGUACCAGUCUUACUUAUUUUUAAAUUUGCAAGGAUUCUAACACCCUCUUCCAUUAGAGGUGGUUAGCUGGCAGAGUCCUUCCGUUAGAGGUGGUUAGCUGGCAGAGUUUUCCCUUGACUUCUGAGACUGGUGUCGAUUGAUUGUUGACGAUGGGAGGAUACCCAAGAAGUGUUAUGGAGAUGCUGUAUUUAAACAAACUCAGUAGCUUUGGGAAUAGCAGCUAUAUAUUCCAGUUAAAGGGCAGCUAAAGGGCUUGCAGAUAAGGUGCUCUUGCUAACCUUGGUCUUCACACAAACCCAUCGUGACCCAUCAGGACUUUCCAGGACCUCCAGUUCCCACUUUGGUUGUGUUUAGCACUUCAGGAUGCGUCACUGCUGGACAAGAAAUACUCAGAAAUUUAGGCUGUGAGGGGUUAGAUUAGAGCCAAGUAAUUUUAGGUGAGCUAUCCAGAGCUUUCAACCUCAAGAUUUAUAGGAAGAACCCCUUCACAACUUGCCAUGCUCUGGUCCUGACUGGCAGUCUCCUCUAAGGGUCUGCGAAGACCCUUCCAAGAGGAUGACAGUAGGCAUUUCACAGUGGAAACAGCCUCUGGGAACGUCCUUCUAAAUGCGGAUUCCAGAUACCAGCUAAGAACAAGUACUUUUUGUUUUUAUUAAUUUCUCAUCUUUACACAUUUUGUCAUCAAAAUAUAUCCAUUUCAUUAACUUAUUGAGGACUUGAGAAAAUACACAUGCUAUCUGAAACCACUGAGCAGUUAUUUUUUGAUAGUUUAAAAAUAAGAGAAUUGUAAAUCAAGAUAUUCCAUCUACUAGAGUCAUAGAAAUUCUCUGUUAGAAUGGGCCUUAUUUUAAUUAGGUGAUCCUGGCAUUUUUUAGAGAAGGAAACAAAUCCACAGGUUAAAGUGGCUUUUCUAAGACACACACAGCCAGUUAGUAACAGAAGUCAGAAUAAAAGACACUUCUUUUUCCCCCACAGUCCCUUGUUGUACUUCUCUUUCCUUUCCCUCAUAGUUGAGUAGCUUUUGGAAAAAUGUGUUCCUUAUAGCAGUAGUUCCAAGGGAUGUUAUUAGACGUUAUAAGAGAACAAAAGUGUGUGUGGAGGGAGGGAACUCCACGGUCAACUAAAACUGAGGAAUGCUGAGUUUGUUUCCUUUCUCUGGGAUUUCUAAGAGUUUUUAGUGUGCUAUUAUAUAUGGUGAAUUUAUAAGAGGAGACAAAGACUGUUUACUAGACUAAUUUGACCUUAAACCACACUCCCAUCCUCCUCUUCUCAGAGCAUCACAUAGGACUGCUGGUCCUUUGGGAAACAUGGCUCUCGAGUAAGUUUACAGCUCUCCUAGAAGACAUCCCUAAUGGAAAUUCUGAGUGGUGAAUCUGCUACCAUGGUACCAUGUAAACUGUAAUGAAUCUCAAAGCUUAGAGAGGUACUAGAAAGAAAACAUAUUUGCCGUUCAGAGCUAUACAUAAAGUAUAGAGAUUCUUUUCCACCUAUAGUGUAUAAAAUCAGUAUUUGUGUUUAGUUUUGCAGGUUUUUCAAGGAUCACUUAAUGUGAAAAUACGGUGGUGAUAUACUGAUACUCCAUUUUAAUAAUGCUUUUGUAUGGCACUUUAUAGUUUUCAGACUGCUUUCACAACAACCCUGUGAGAUAGGCAGGUGUUAAGUAUUAUCAAAUGAGGCACCGGAGGCUCAGAAAGGUUUCUUUUGUGACUUCCCUUUAAUUUAUACCACAAAAUGAUGGAGCCAGAAUUCGCGUGUAGAACUUCUGACUCCAGGUCCAGAGUUCUUUGCUCCACACCUGGUUUCCUCUUCUUCCUCUAGCUUUCUAUUUUAUAAUGAAAGAUGUGGAAGCAAAUCUUAAAGUAAAAUCAUUUGGCUUACUAUCAAAUACUAUACAUUUUUUUUUUUAUUGCAGUGACCCAGAAAAUGUAACUCUUAUUAACGCUAUCCCAAAGAAAACCCUUCUUUUGUGUUUUGUUGUGCUACUUGUUUAGGUGACUGGAGUGUAUUUUGAAUAUCAUUUGAUUUUGAAACCAAGAUUGGAUAUAUAGUUGUAAUUGCUUAUGUGACUUUCGGAAAAUGUAUCAUCUCUGCAUUCUCAGGCAAAGUAGAGAUGGUUUGAAAAUAAAAAAGAUUAUUCAAAUACAACAACACGUGUUCCUUAUUCUCACACAAAUGCUGUUUCUUAGCUUUAACUUGCUUUGACAACCUACUGAUGUAACUUCUUUGUAAAUGUAAAAUAUUUAUAUUUUGAAAUAAAAUUACUGGUGUUGAAAGAG